CCGCGUAUCCGCCCUGUGAAUGUGGUGUCGCGAGCCUCUCCUCGUGCUAGUGUCGCCAUCGUCGGUCUCUGAAAUAGCGAUCGAGAUAGCAGUAGUUCCGAGGCCGCGUCGAGCGCACCUUCGUAUAUACGGCUGCAAGCUGCAGGCUGCGCUAUCGAUUCUCCUUAUUACAUCGGCGGUGCUCCGCGACGCCUCUCAAUAUGCCUCUGAUCGAAGGGCGAAAAAUGGCUUGCGAGCCCUGCAUACGCGGGCACCGGUCAACCAAAUGUACUCAUAGCGACCGCGUAAUGAUUCCGGUGCGAAAACCCGGCCGGCCGUUGAGUUCUUGUCCUCACCCGCCUGGUAGAACAUGCAGCUGCUCACCCGUGACGGCGGCGAUACCACGCAAAACCCAGUGCGGCUGCAGUCGUCCCGGCAAAGCUAAUAGUGCGGGGGCCGCCGUCAAGACCGAGCCGUCGGGUAGCCCGCCGCUGUCACCUGCGAAGAAUGUAACCUUUAGAGUGCAGAAAUCGUCGGCUUCCGGAUUGGCGCAGAGGCGAACUUUAGACUACUCCGCCGCCCUGGAGCGCAUGGAUUCCAAUAGCCUCAAUUACGUCGGCGCUCCGAAUACCGCGUCAGCGACGACUGGAGGGAUAGCGGGGGGCCCAACAGACCAGAUAGGGGUAGCAUCCUCAUCUGAUUUUAUGUCCUCUAUAUCAAACGGAAUCCAUCAGUCGGCAUCUUUUGUCCCGUCGUCAUACAGCUACCAAUCUACGCUCCCCUCUCUAAACACAGGACUCGUACCUUUAUUUCCACUUAGUGGUAGCAUGGUGAACGUCGGGAACGGAGUCUCGGGUCAGUCGAGCGUCGGAUCCGACACGCCUAGUUCACCAUAUCACACACCCUCCUCAAGUCCUACAGAAUCCCUAUCACAAGAGCCGUCUGUAGAGGUGGCGGGGAGUUGCUGCUGCUCACCACCAGAGCCAUCCUACCCUCAGGUGCAAACACAAGCUCACACCCAACUACGGCACCAACCCCAAAUUCGACCCCAGGGACCGAUGAACGCGAUGGUAUAUAGACCCCAAGAUCCAGCAGCAACCGGCGCCAUGAUGGCCCCCUAUCCUCCGCCGUUAGCCCUCAACCAGCAGAUAUUUUCGCCGAGUCACAUGCAGCCGCCGGCGACGUACGCGCAGCCAAACUCGUACGGAACGCCUCACCACCCACUGCAGUACGAGCAAUGGCAGCAGACCAUGACGAACUACCUACAGAGCGCGAUGCAGAUGUCUUACGGCAACUCACCCCAAAUUCCGUCUCAGACUGACUUGAACGGGAUCGUCGGGAAUCCAUACACGAACCAUGACUGCACUUGCGGCACCGCGUGCCAGUGUGUCGGAUGCCCCGCGCAUCCGUUUAACCAGGCGACGAGAGAACAUGUCCGGUCGGCUUUCAUGUACCAAUACAGCUCGUUUGGAAACAUGAUAGAUGCCGGAAACCCUAUGCCAGACCCACCCUUAGCGGCGAGCGCGGCGAGCGGGACGUCGCCGCCGGCGGCGCCGAGCCCACCCGACAAAGAGCCUACGAACACGGAAGAUCAGGACCGUUCGCCCGGCGAAUAUUUCUUCGUACAAUACGACCUAGAGACGUCGAACCAGUGCCUAUGUGGUGAUAACUGCUCGUGUAUCGAGUGCAUGGUGCACAACGAACCCCCAGCUAUAACGCCUACCUAAAGAGCAAGGAGAAGGAAGGAGGAAGGGGGGGGGGAGUGAAGUCGUUUC